AUGCGAGGGUCGCACUUGCUCCAAAUGCUGGACCUGGAGUCCUUGACUCCCCAGCAGACCAUCAAUAUGGAAGCAAAGAAUGAACAAGGCGUGUUUGAGACGGUCCUUGCGGCUAGUACUGGUCUCGACUACUCUUAUGCUAGUACCAGCACCGUAGCUACCCUUGGACUCCGCAAGCUGCCUCUGUCCCCUACCCAUAACAGGCGCCUCUUCCACACACCCUUCGGUAUCAUGAUGCUCAAAGACUUCGCCUCCUUCACAGUUCGAGUAUCCGAGGCUAACGUGCCGGAAGUCGACGUCAAUGUUGCCGUGCUUGGCCCGGAAUACGGCUGGCAGGAGGUUGAGAUCUUCCUCGGCAAGAAUCUUUCGAGGAAGAUGGCUGAAGCUAGGGCGCAUUCGGCCUCUAACGACAUUGUUCCCGAGAGGGAGCAGCUCGAAACAAACGGAGACGUGCCUGCGCUUCCGCCUGAGAUAGGUGAGGUGCCUCUGUCAGCAUCGACACGAAUCAUUGGUAUCGAUACCAUCGCCGCGGUCCACAGUGCAAUCAGUGACGGACGUACCGGCCGUCGGGUGGGUCGACCAGUCGCCGAUGCGGACCUUACUAUCCGGACCACCGCCGGCCACUCCCGAUCCACUAGCGGACUAGGAGCUACACCCGUUUUCACAACCGGCGGCACCACUGGGUCAUCCCCCCCUUCAACGUAUGCACUGGAUCGGUCUAGGAACUCGUACCACUCCUCGCAAUGUGAACACCCGGCCCCUAUCGGCGACUCCCUUGGUGUCCUCGAGCCAGGUACCUCACCUGGCAGAGAGGAUGACGAAUGAACAUGGUGAGUCAUCAGAAUGCCGCUUGCGGUCAUUGUAAUCACUAACAGCAAGGCAGCUUUUGAUACCUGGAAUGGCAUCGUCUAUGCGCGCAAAUCAGAUUGAAGAAGCGAUCUCAAAAAUGACACAUUGCUGGAAAGGUUCCGGGCUUAUGUAGUGCUACGACAAGCCAUAUAUGUAUCGAUUGCAGACCAUAUACCGCGUAGGCUUUCGGAUCAUCUUCUCAGACGUAAUGCUUUAGUUUGAGGAGUCGUAUCCUAUUAGUAGCAUCGGGCAAAUUGGACCACUGGGC